AUGACAGAAAUUACUUUGGGCCGUUACCUCUUUGAGAGACUUUCUCAACUCAAUGUCAACUCCAUCUUUGGAGUUCCUGGAGACUUUAAUUUAAGUUUAUUGGAUAAGAUUUACGAGGUGGAUGGCAUGAGAUGGGCAGGAAAUGCAAAUGAACUUAAUGCUGCUUAUGCAGCCGAUGGAUAUUCGAGAAUCAAAGGUUUAUCCUGUUUGGUGACGACUUUUGGAGUUGGUGAACUUUCGGCACUCAAUGGUGUGGCUGGUGCCUAUGCUGAGCAUGUUGGACUCUUGCACGUUGUUGGAAUUCCCUCAAUCACCUCCCAAGCUAAACAGUUGUUGUUGCACCAUACUUUGGGAAACGGCGAUUUUACAGUUUUUCAUCGCAUGUCAAACAAUAUUUCGCAGACAACGGCGUUUAUCUCAGAUAUCAACCAUGCACCCAAAGAGAUCGAUAGAUGUAUCAGAGAAGCCUAUGUGUACCAGCGUCCCGUAUAUGUGGGAUUACCUGCUAAUUUGGUUGAUUUGAAGGUUCCUGCUUCUUUAUUGGACACUCCACUUGACACAUCGUUGAAACCUAACGAUCCAGAUGCGCAAGAAGAGGUUGUGGAUCUCGUUUUAAAGUUGAUUUCCGAGGCCAAAGAUCCUAUAAUUUUGGUGGACGCUUGUGCUUCAAGACACAAUUGUCGUGGUGAGGUGGAAAAGUUGGUGGAUGUUACCCAAUUUCCAGUUUUUACCACUCCAAUGGGUAAAUCUACCAUCAACGAAUCCCAUAAAAGAUUUGGUGGAGUUUAUGUUGGAACUUUAUCGCAGCCUGAAGUGAAGGAGGCUGUUGAAAGUGCUGAUUUGGUGCUUUCUGUGGGCGCCCUUUUGUCUGAUUUCAACACUGGUUCAUUUUCCUAUUCUUACAAAACCAAAAAUAUUGUCGAAUUCCACUCCGAUUACACCAAAAUCAGACAAGCUACUUACCCUGGAGUCCAGAUGAAAGAGGCACUUCGAAAACUCUUGGAAAGUGUCGCACAAGCCCUGAAAGGCUACCAACCAUGUCCGGUUCCCAACGUCAAAUUGCUCAACACUCCCGGUCCAGCUUCGACUCAAUUGAGCCAAGAAUGGCUCUGGACAAAAGUUUCUUCGUGGUUCCGGGAAGGAGACAUUAUCAUUACCGAAACCGGUACUUCAGCUUUUGGAAUUGUCCAGUCUCGGUUUCCCAACCAAACCGUGGGAAUUUCGCAAGUUUUGUGGGGCUCAAUUGGGUUCACAGUUGGAGCCACUUUAGGCGCUGUUAUGGCAGCCCAGGAAAUUGACCCGGCUAAGAGAGUCAUUCUCUUUGUUGGAGACGGUUCGUUGCAAUUGACAGUCCAGGAAAUCUCCACCAUGGUCAAAUGGGAAACCACUCCAUAUCUUUUUGUUUUAAACAACGACGGUUACACCAUCGAAAGAUUGAUCCACGGAGUCAAUGCCACUUAUAACGACAUUCAACCAUGGAAUAAUUUGGCGCUUUUACCUUUGUUCAAUGCUAGAAACUACGAAACUUACCAAGUUUCUACCACUGGUGAAAUUGACAAAUUGUUCUCCGAUCCCGAUUUUGCAACAAAUUCCAAGAUCAGAAUGAUCGAGGUGAUGUUGCCUCGUAUGGAUGCUCCGGCAAACUUGGUGGCUCAGGCUACAUUGUCGGCACAAACAAAUGCUGAAAACUGA